CUAUAGAAUAGAUUGUAAAAGUAAAUGUGUGUAUUUCUUAUAAAGCGGAACAAACUUGUCGUACAGGAGGUAUAUGCACUUGAACCUGGUCGACAUGUCUUCUGAGGAAAAUAGCAGUACUUGUCAAUAUUUACUAGAAGAACACUUAGUCCUGGUUGACGCGUCGUCUGAAGAAUGUACCAAUAUUAUUAAUUAUUCACCAGUUUCUGAUAAACACUUGGUCCCGGUUGACACAUCGUUUGAAGAAGGUACAAGUACUAUUCAUAAUCUACCAGAGGAACAAUUGGUCCUAGUUGACACAUCGACUAAAGGAGGUACCAGUACUCUUAAUAAUAUAACAGAGGAACACUUGGUUCCGGAAAACACGUCGUUGGAAGGAGGUACCAGUAUUAUUCUUGAUUUACCAGAGGAAGUAUUGCUGAAAAUAUUCUCCUAUUUAUCCCAUUAUGAAUUAUUUGUAAAUGUGAAAAACGUGUGUUCGAUGUGGAAGAAUUUUUCUCUUAGUCCUCCUCUAUGGAAGAAUAUUGAUUUACAGAAAGAAUUAGCAGGUUUUAACAUGUUUUUAAGCGAUAGUAAAUCUACCUUACUAUUGGAGAACAUUAUGGAAGCCAUUUCAAAUCACGUGAUCAAUUUAGUAUUAGCAUCUGAUUUAGACUGGGAGGUUUAUAAUACGACGCUCUUACGUCACGAGUAUAAUGAUAAAACAAAUACACUUGCAUUUCCUAAACUUCAUAAAUUAGAAAUGAAUAUGUCAACGGAAUACGUAAAUUUUACAGUUUUUGAGAAAAUAGCUGAACAGGCUAAAAACCUGAAAAUGUUGAAGGUUAUUUGUAAAGGAAUGUCUGCUUAUAUUAACAGUCCUACCGAUUUAUGUCAUUUAAAAAGUCUUGAAAUGUUUGAUUUGACAAUUGACAUGGAUGAAGAUCAUCACGAUCAUGGUCAUAUUCAAGUUUCUAAUGAAACUUUGAAAUAUUUAUUCCAAAAUGUUUCAAAUAUAACGCAUUUCAAAUCAACAUAUCUCAACAGCGACACUGUAAGAACUUUACUGAAUAAUUGUCCCAAGCUGGAAGCGCUAGCACUAAGUGAUUGCCCGGACAUUGGUGAGGAUGCUUUUGAUUCUAUACCACUACUCAGUAAAAUGAAAUCAUUGUCAAUCAAUGGAACAUAUAUCAAGGAUAACGAUUUAAAAGCUAUUGUACAGAAUACUCCUAACUUGGAACACCUCUCUGUUCAACAUAGUGUUUAUAUCACUGACGUAGGCUUCUCAUUUGUCGGCGUCCUUUGUAAAAAGUUAAAAUGUUUGAUUAUUGAGAAGGAUGCAUACUCAAAAGGGAGAAAUAUAACUAACAUCGGUAUAGACUACAUCGCCCGUGGCUGUCCAGAACUACGGGUCAUUGUAGCAAAAUAUUGCGAAGGAAUAGAUGAUAACGGAGUGCACUCGUUAGCAAAGAAUUGUAGUAAAUUACAGUCGUUAAAGCUGUCAGGAUGCCCGGGCGUGACUGAUACUGGAAUAGACGACCUUUCGAAUAGAUGCAGAUAUUUGGAACAUGUGAAUUUCAAUAAGUGUGUUAAAAUUACGCAUAAAAGUAUAAAUUGUCUAAUCGGUGAAUGCCUUUGGUUGAAAACAGCAAAGUUUAACAGCUGCAACUUUAUACACAAUUUGGACUUUAGAUCAUUUACGAGUGCACAAGACGCAAACAACAUGAACAAUCAAAAUACAGAAAGGGAUUUGAAAAAUAGAACAACACUCAACGCACACAAUAAGAUCCAUAACAUUGGUCACCACUCCCACAUUCGAAAAUUAAGCUUGCAAUUUUGUCCAAAUAUAGAAGGAAACUCGAUAAAGCAAAUUGCAGACUAUUGCCCUGAUCUCCGGGAAGUGUACCUGACCGGUACUCAUAUAAUUAAUGAUGAGGCAAUACAUUACCUACUCAAUAAAUGUCUCAGUAUAACUAUUUUGGAUAUUUCGGGAGGUUCAAGAGUUGGUACAUCUAAAUUUACCAACACAGUAUUAUCAUCAGUAGGAACUCAUGGUCAAAAUAUAGAAAAGUUGAUUAUGUGCAAGAAUUACAACAUUACGAAAUCUGGAGUUCUUGAACUACUACACACCAGUCAAAGAGCGAUAACUCUUACAGUAACAGUUAAAGUUAUUAGCAAAACUGUCGGGCUAUUAUCAUUGAAAGACUGCCAACAGAUUAUAGUUGAAUACGGCAGUAAAAAAGCUGCACUUCAAUACACAGGAGAACGAUCCACGUAUAUAGGUUCAAUCCCGGUAACCAUUAAAAAAGGUUUCUUAAAUACAAUGAGUAGUGUUCGAACGGCUACAAGUUAUAAUACAAAUGUUGCAUGGCGAUUUUUUCCCAACUCGAAAUAG